AUGGCCGACGAAGCAGCUCGCGCUCACGCCGCUGAAGUGGCGCGCGCUCAAGAAGAAGGAAGAGAUCCACCUCCUCCUCCUCCUAAUCCACAAGACCCUGCUGGAGAUGUGAAUGCACAACCUCAAGCUGGAGCACCUACAAUCGGAGACUAUGACUCUGCCGAUGCUUUCUUCAUGGAUAGAAACCCUAUCCAUCCACCACUUCCUGCAAGGAAUGACUAUGAGAUCAAGCCUCAGAUCAUAGCAUUGGUUAGACAGAACCAAUUCAAUGGACUUCCAGCUGAGCACCCUCUUGAUCACAUAGAAAACUUUGAAGAAAUUUGCAGCACUACAAGAUCCAAUGGAGUCUCUGCUGACUACCUUGAAGUGCAAGCUCUUUUCAUUCUCUCUUGGCGACAAAGCUUCAAGAUGGUUGAAGCGCUAGAUCGAUUCAAGGAGUACAUUAGGGACUGCCCUAAUCAUGGUUUCAAUGAGGGAAACCUAUGGAACAUCUUCUAUCGUGGCAUAGACCACAAGUACAAGCUUUCAUUGGAUACUGCAAGCAAUGGAAACUUCAUGACCAAGACUGUUGAUGAAGCUAAGGUUCUUAUUGAGAAUCUUGCAGCUAGUGAUUGUAACAACUGUCCUGAUUAUGACCGCUCAAGCCGCACCACUACUAGCUCCCCUGAUUCUUUUCAAAUGACUGAACUCAAGAACAUGAUGGCUCAAGUUCUUAAGGGACAGCUCAAGCAUAUCAAUGCAAUAGAAGGGAUGAGUGAUGCUAAUGAAGACAUCAAGAGAAUGCAUGGGAGAUUUCUCUAA